AAAAUAUUGUAAGUAACACUGAUGAUAUUGAGUUCAUGGGGAGUGCAUUUGUACCAAAUGAUGUUGCAGAAUUGUAUACUGAUACUCUCUUUCAAAUUGCACCAUUCACCAAUAUUAGCGGACUUCCAGACAAACUGCUCUGCUAUGUCAAAACUGCUGAGUCAAUAAAGACUUUGAAACCAGAAGUAGCUCUAAUCAUUAUUGGAAGAGUGAACAACAAUUGUAAUAGUUCCUUAAAUAAUGGCAGUACAGCUCCAUCUCCAGCAAGCCUUCAGCUUGCAACAAGCCUUCUCUCUACAAUAACUACAUUUAAUAGCAGCAUUCUGACCAGCUUGGGGCAACAAGCUGUUGGACUGUCAGUUCCUCAAAUACAAAAUCUAACCAGUGCUGACAUACAAAGCUCCCUUGGUACCCUCGGGGCAGUUAAUGGAUGGAAUCAAGGACAAACCAAAACUCUGGUUUCCAAACUAUUUAAUGGCAACAUCCAGAUUACUGAUUCCAAAAAUCUGACAUCACUGGGAUCCCUCUUACCAGGCCUGCCUAGCACUGCCUUGAAAAAUGUUGGAGCAAAUAUACUAAACAAUGCCACUUCUAACCCAGCAUUUGUUAAAAAUCUGUUGAGCGCAUCUCCUGUGUUGCAGCAGACGGUUGUACAAAAGCUUGUUUCCCUGGACGCAUCGCCAAGCAGUAUAUUAAAUAAUGUGCCUGAUGCACUGGCUGGUCAGAUUUCACCUUCAGCUAUGAUUUUUGGUAACUCCCUUAAUAGUAGCACUAUUGAAAAGAUAAACAAGAAGAACUGGAAGCCACAGCAGGCUGCUGUAUUUUUUGAAAGCGUGGCAACAAGCACUACAAAUUACAGUCAGCUUCCACAACAAGUCAUUCAAGGUUUCAGCUGUGGUAUUGAAAAUAAGCUUUCUCCUGACAACUAUACGUCAUUCAUAAAAUCAGCCAAAGGCAAGGAUGGUUCCUUAGUUGAAGGCCAACUGGGAUGUAUGGGUAAAAACAUAUUUUCAAGUGGACUGCCAGCAGAUCUGAAUACAUACCCAGUUAAUGCCCUGCUAUUCAUUAAUACUACCACGCUUGAUAAACUUGAUGACUCUAAAUGCACAGAUUAUUUACAAGUGAUCUCGUCUGCAAACAUUUCAGUAAUGAAAAAAGGAUCAGUAAAGCGAAACGGCAUUGCGAACAACGUACUCAGGUGCUUGAAAAUAACAAAUGGUGGACUAAGUGCAUCCAAUGUGAUGUUUGUAAACAACUUGGCUUGUGGCAUGAGUCCAUCAGUUAUUAGCAAUUCAGAUGUGAAGAUUGUGGAAGUUUUGAAAACCUGCUCUGAUCUUUCAAGUGAACAACUGUCAGCCGUUAGUGAUCUCCUUAACAAAAGCACCUCUCUAUAUGGACCUCCUUCAUCAUGGAAUGUAGCUACUCUAAAGAGUCUUAAGACACUUCCCCUGGACUUAAAUUAUGGAUUGCUGAAUAACAUAAAUAGGGAUGAUAAGAAAGCCUAUAUUCAAUAUGUUGUGACAAAUUAUGACAAUGAUGCAGUAAAAGGAAAACUGGCAACACUGAUACAAAAUAUGCAACCAACUAGGAGUGCACGUGGUGCAGGAUGUACUUCUGCAAAUAUCACAUUAGCCAUAAUGCAAGGUGCCACCUUCCCAACAGACUAUACACCUACUGAAUUUGGUAACUGCCUGGAUAAAGAUGUAGUGAUAUCAAACCUGGAUGUCUUAGCUAGUAAACCUCUACCAAGUAACUAUCUUACAGUAGUCAAAUCUAAACUGAAUGAGGCUUACCCCACAGGAAUACCAGAAAGUCAAAUCCAGCUCCUUCGAUCACUCGCCCGCACUUACACUGCAGCAGAGCUUUCUGCUUUUAAUAUUACUACACUCGAUACAUUGCAGUCACUACUGAAUCCUGCUGAUCCUGUUUGGGAUAAUGACAAGGCCAAGCAAAUUCUAACAAGAUUUUUGCAGCUGGGAGGUCAGCUAGAUAAUCUUGCAUUGAAUGCAAUUGGUGGGCAGUACCUCUGCACUCUUGAUGAUUCCCAAAUAAGCAACACUGUAAAUUCAACAAGUCUAAGAGAUGCAUUGCCUUUAAAUAUCAGUAGCUGCAAUCAAAGCACAAAAGACCUACUUUAUUCUAAAGCAAAAGCCGCAUUUUCAUCUAACAGCAAUUCAACUAGUGCUUACUACAGUAUGAUAAAGAGUUAUCUUGGUGGAGCUCCAGCUGCAGAUUUACAGUCCUUGGCUAGCAACAAUGUCAGUAUGGACAUCAUUACAUUUACAAAUCUGAAUCCAAAUUCAGUUAAGAACCUUACUGUGGCAACAGUAAAGUCUCUCCUUGGUGACAACACUCCUGACCUCAAAGAUAAUGAAAAUUCUACUGUGGUACAGGAAUGGAUUGCUUCUCAGCGACAGUCUGACCUUAAUAAACUUGGACUUGGUUUAAGUGGAGGUUUGCCGGACACAACCACAGCAACAACAGCAGCAACUGCAACAACAGCAGCAACUGCAACAACAGCAGCAACUGCAACAACAACAGCAGCAACAACAGCAGCAACAACAAAAACAGCAACAAUAAAAACAGCAGCCACACCAGUUGGAUACAUUUAUUUGACAGCUGUAAAGGGAGCUGGAUCUUCUAUAAAUACCAUGUUCUUUCACUUCAUGAAAGCGCUUACUGUUGCCAUUACGGUUAUUGUGGCCCAAAGACACAUAUAACCUGUAAGAAAAAUGCAAAGUUUAACUUUCCUUCAAGCAUACUUCUGCAUCCUUGCCAAGAUGUUUGGAAACUAUGGUUAAUACUAUGGAAAUGCAUUUUAAAGUGACAUUUUAAGAAUUAACAUUUUAAAGAAAAAAAAUGUACUCAUAUGUAACAUUUUGUUAGACAACAUCGUUAUUGAUGGUUCAGGCAGUGAGUGCUGAGAGUUUUUUUGUGAAGAUUGAUUUUAUAAUAGGAAUCCAAGUAUCCUUGCUGGUAAACAAAACAGUCUAGAUUAGAAAUAAAGUAUAGCUAUUUUGUUGCAAAUGUAAAACACAGCUGGCAUUCAAAUAAGUUCAUGUCAGCAGAUUCCUGAAAAUAUUACACUAAUUUUAAGCAUAUUCAUAUUAAAGUGGUAACGAAUGAAAA